AUGGAUUCAGAACUCCACAACAGACCCACAGCAGGGCCGCGCACACUCACAGACCAGUCGCUCCUCACCAAACCCUCCCCUUCCUCUGACUCGUUCGAACCCGCAAAACCGGUCCCACAACUCGCAUUAGACGACGCAGACUACGCCAAGCCAUCGAGGGAGGAUGGAUCGGGAUCCUGGGUUGGAAGGACAUGGACAUGGUUGAUUCGGAGCGAGAACGUCGAGGCGCAUGGCGUUGGCCCUCUCAAGGAGGAACACCGCACCGACGCGCGGUUCCUCAGCAACUUUACGCUGUGGUUGACCAUGAAUGCAACCAUCGCUUGCUUCUCGACCGGCACUCUGGGCCCGCUCUACUACUCCCUCUCGAUGCGCGACUCGUUCCUCGUCAUCGCCUUCUGCAACAUCUUCUCCUGCGGCAUCCCCGCCUACAUCUCGACCUUCGGUCCACGCCUCGGCAUGCGCACGAUGGGCAUCGCGCGCUACUCGUACGGCUACUACCCCGCCAUCCUCCCCGCCCUUCUGAACUUGAUCUCCUUCAUCGGAUUCUGCGCGGUGAACUCGAUAGUCGCCGGACAGGUCCUGGCGGCGGUCAACCCGGGACACCUCUCGACGACGGCGGGAAUCGUCAUCGUCGCGGUCGUCAGCAUGUUCAUCUCGUUCUGCGGGUACAGGGUGCUGCACGCGGUCGAGCGGUGGGCCUGGCUGCCGGUCAUCCUCGCCUUCAUCCUCCUCACCGGCUUUGGCGGCCGCCAUCUCGGUUCCGCGACCUCGUUCGCAAAGGACGUCCCCGCAACAGCCGCCAACGUCCUCUCCUUCAUCUCCAUCGUCGUCGGUUUCACCAUCUCCUGGGGCGGCUGCUCCGCCGAUUUCAACACCUACAUGCACCCGACCGUCCCCUCCUACCUCGUCUUCGUCUACACCUUCCUCGGCCUCUACCUCCCUUGCGCUCUGAUCCAAAUCCUCGGCGCUGCGUUCGCUGCCGCUGCACUCAGUGGAGAGGUACCCACUUGGGAAGCGGCGUUCGGAGAUGGAAGUGUCGGCGGACUGGUGGGUGUCGCGAUGGAGCCGAUGAAAGGGUUCGGCAAGUUCUUGCUCGUGAUCUUCUCGCUCGGGAUGAUCUCCAACAACGCCCCAACGCAAUACGCCUUCUCCCUCUCGCUCCAAAUCGUCUUCCCCUUUCUCACUCGCCUCCCGCGAUUCCUCCUCCCGAUCGCGGGGACGGCUAUCUACCUCCCUAUCGCGAUUGCGGCUGCGGCGCACUUUGCGGCGGCGUUGAGCAACUUCUUAGGAUUGCUUGGGUAUUGGAGCUCCAUCUUUGUCGCCAUCCUCCUCAUCGAGCACCUCCUCUUCCGCCGCGGCCACUUCUCCUCCUACGACCUCUCGCUCUGGGACCGCUCCUCAAAACUCCCGCCGGGUAUCGCAGCGUUAUUCGCAAGUUUCUGCGGCGCGGCGUUUUGUGUAGUAGGAAUGGACCAAGUGUGGUACCGCGGCCCUCUAGCCGUCUCUAUCGCCGGCCCCUCGGUCGAAGCAGGCGGCGACAUCGGGUUCGAGACGGGGAUGGCUGUUGCGGGGGCGGUGUUUGUGCCGUGUCGGUGGAUUGAGAGGAGGGUGUUUGGCCGGUAG